AUGCCACCUACUAAAUCCGGUCGUGGGGCUGGAGGUGGACGGUUUUCGAGCACAUCUAGGGGAAGUGCUCCAAGAGGAAGUGCCCAGAGGGGAGGCCAAAGUGGUAGGGGCCAAGGUAGAGGUUUUCCCCAGGGAGGCCAAAUCUCCACUCCCCGGGUAACGUGUGGGUAUUGUGGGAAACCGAACCACACUAAAAAUGAGUGCUGGAGAAAGGCUCGAAAGUGCCUGAGGUACGGAGGUGUGGAUCACCAGAUAGUCAACUGUCCGCUGAUCAGUGACACCCAGUCGACUGCCAGGUCAAAUCCAAAACCGACCACCGCUGGAGGGGCCAGGUCGAGGGUACCGGCCAGAGUAUAUUCGCUGGAUCAACCAACCGUGCCUGAACCAACGAAGGUGAUAGAAGGCACAAUCCCUGUUUUUCACUGGUUAGCCAGAAUUUUGAUCGACCCUGGUGCUACUCACUCUUUUGUUAAUCCUGCAUUUAUGUUUGGAAUUGACUUGAAAGUUGAAAGGUUACCUUAUGAUUUAGAGGUAAGAACACCUACGGAUAAUCAAAUUUUACUUGCGAAUGAGAUGUAUAGGAAUUGUGACAUUUGGGUUGGUGAGCGGAAAUUGGUAGUUGACCUCAUUAGUCUAGCCAUUAAGGGUACGAUGUUAUUCUAG